AUGGCUCCAUCGCCUGCCAACUCUUCUGCUUCCUCUACCUCCUCCGACGAUUUCUCUGAUGCAGCCCCUCCUCAACCAGCUCUGGCCGCCGUCCUUCAGACGGUGAACGUCCGCUCCCACGUCCCCAUUCUGCUUGACUUUGAUGCGGCCAACUACAGUCAAUGGCGCUGCUUCUUCGAUUCUGUUCUCGGCAAGUUUGGCCUUGACGAUCAUGUGUGCUCUUCGACGCCGCUCGCCCAGCGCACCGCUGAGUGGCGCCAAAUCGACAGCUGCCUCGCCAAUUGGAUCUACACCACCAUUGCCAAGAACAUCUUCGAUCUCGUCCAUAAGCCUUGCAUCACGGCGUUCUCGCUGUGGUCUGACGUCGAGGGCCACUUCCGUGACAACGAGCUUGAGCGCGCUGUUCUUCUGGAGGCCGAAUUCCGCAGCGUCCAGCAAGGCGACCUGUGUGUCCACGACUACUGCACCAAGCUCAAGCGCCUCGUUGACCAGCUUCGCGAUGUCGGCCAUCCUGUUUCAGAACCAAGUCAGGUUCUCAACCUCCUCCGUGGACUCAGCCCCAAGUACCGUCAUGUGAAGCCGGUAAUCAAAUCCAAGUCCCCACCCCACACCUUCCGCAGUGCGAUGUCGUACCUACUCCUGGAGGAGGCCAGCGACUCCCACGACGCCAAGGCGGAUGCCGCGCAGGCUUACCUCGCUUGCCACGGUGGCCCCGCUACUGGUGGCUCCUCCACUGGAAGCUCCGGUGGAUCCGGCGAUUCCGGAUCCGGCUCGCGCUCUCGCACGCCCCUCGCACCUGCCACGCCAACAUGCUGA